AUGUUUCCCGAAAAGAUCAGUUCAUUGCUUUCCGGUCCAGCCAAGGAGGACGACGAAGACUGUCGAUCGGAUGUGGAAAAGGGAACAGCGACAGCUAUGACAGAGUCCGAAAGCAACAUAGAAAAGAAGAACAAAGGCUGGUUUCAACGAUGGUUGUUUGAAGGCAUAGAUGGCGAGAUCCUACGGACCGUACGACGGAUUGAGGUACAAGUAACUGAGGAGCAGGAAGCAAGAAGGAAAGUCGAACGAUUGGAAAGAGACAAGUACUGGCUGAAAAGGGAGAUUGAGCGGUUGGAGAACAAGGUUGAGUAUGAAAAAAGUACCGCCAAGACUUGGGAACGUCUAAAUAAUCUCUCGGAGGAUAUGGCAACGAAGGCUAUCAAAGCCCUCAAGGAACAUCGAAAGAAAUGUUUGACCGAGUGA